CGUUCCGCGUCCCUUCUCCGCCAGCGUUUGCAAAUGAAAAUGGAGGAUAUGUCUUUGUCUGGCCUGGAUAACAGCAAGCUGGAGGCCAUCGCGCACGAGAUCUACACGGAGCUGGUGGAGGAUGCGUGCCUGGGGCUCUGCUUCGAGGUGCACCGCGCCGUCAAGUGCGGCUACUUCUUCCUGGACGACACGGACCCCGACAGCAUGAAGGACUUCGAGAUCGUGGACCAGCCCGGCGUGGACAUCUUCGGGCAGGUGUACAACCAGUGGAAGAACAAGGAGUGCGUGUGCCCCAACUGCAGCCGCAGCAUCGCCGCCUCCCGCUUCGCCCCGCACCUGGAGAAGUGCCUGGGCAUGGGCCGCAACAGCAGCCGCAUCGCCAACCGCAGGAUCGCGAGCAGCAACAACAUGAACAAGUCGGAGAGCGACCAGGAGGACAACGACGACAUCAACGACAACGACUGGUCCUACGGCUCCGAGAAGAAAGCAAAGAAGAGGAAGUCGGAUAAGGUGAGUGCCGGGGAGCGGGCGGCGGCCCUGGGCGGGCCCCUCGUGGACCCGCCACCCCACGGCCCCCCACGGCUCUCCUUGCAGAACCCCAACUCGCCGCGGCGCUCCAAGGCCCUCAAGCACAAGAACGGCGAGCUCGGCGGGAACCCCGAUCCCUUCAAGUACAGCAACUCGGCGGGCAUCAGCUACGAGACACUGGGCCCCGAGGAGCUGCGCACGCUGCUCACCACGCAAUGCGGGGUCAUCUCCGAGCACACCAAGAAGAUGUGCACGAGGUCCCUGCGGUGUCCCCAGCACACGGAUGAGCAGCGGAGGUCGGUCCGGGUUUACCUCCUCGGUCCCUCUGCGUCCCUGCCCGAGGCCGAGGGCAGCGUGGAGAACGACGGCUUCGACGUGGCCGAGAGCCAGGCCCUCAUGAGCCGCCUGCAGUGGGACGGCGCCUCCGACAUCUCGCCCUCCGACUCGGCCUCCUCCAAAGCCAGCACCAACAACUCGGAGUCGCGCAAGACCAAGAAGAAGAAGCCCCACCUGGGGCUGGUGAGCGGCGCCCCGGCGCUCGGCCCCAGCAAGAAGAAGAAGCCGAAGCCGCCGGCCCCCCACACCCCCAGCAUCUACGACGACAUCAACUGAGCGCCGCCGCGCCGGGGGGCCCGGGGGGCCGCGGGCGGACACACACGGACAGAGCGGCCGCGGGCCCCUGCAGGCACCCGGAGCGGAGCACGGAGGACUCGGCCACCCCGCGGGGGUGGCAGGGGGCUGCGGGGGAGAGGCUGGAUGUGUCCCC